UGUCACUGCGCUCGUGACGCCUGUCCCUAAGACUCCUCCAACUCUAUAUAAAUCCAACCCCCACCCCCCACCUCUCUCCACAUAUUAAUUACUCCAUACUCUCUGUGUCUCUGAUCAAAUCUGCUCAAGUGAACGUUCGCCACCUAUUGCAGACGCUCUCUCUCUCUCUCAAGAGUCAAGACCAUGCAGCUUCUCUCACCACCUUCCUUCUUCUAUUCUCCUUCUUCAUCUUCUUCGUCGUCGUCGUCGUCGUCGUCCAUGACCUUAUCAUUCCCUGCCUCGUCGCCUUCUCUCCUCCUUGUUCCUUUUCUACUAUCUUAUCUUCUCCUCCUCGUGCUACUCCAAUGGCUUCGCCGGAAGGGCAACAGCAAGCGCCGCCUCCUCCUCCCGCCCGGCUCCAUGGGCUGGCCUUACGUUGGCGAGACCCUCAAGCUUUACACCCAGAACCCCAGCUUCUUCUCCAUCCGCCAGAAACGGUACGGGGAUGUAUUCAAGACGCACAUACUGGGGUGUCCGUGCGUGAUGGUGACGAGCCCGGAGGCGGCGAGGGUGGUGCUGGUGAGCCAGGCGCACCUGUUCAAGCCGACGUAUCCGGCGAGCAAAGAGCGAAUGAUCGGACCGGACGCUAUCUUCUUCCACCAAGGGGCGUAUCACUCCCGGCUCAAGAAGCUCAUUCAGGCCUCGUUCCUUCCGUCUUCCAUUAAAGGGUCUGUCUCCGAGAUCGAGCGCACCGUCCUCGCGCUCUUGCCUGCUUGGAGAGAUCGCUCCGUCAUCAACACGUUGCACGAAAUGAAGAUGUUUGCUUUCGAUGUGGCAAUGAUUUCGGUCUUCGGAGGCGAAGUGGACCUCGAAUUGAAGAGCAUCAAACACCUGUAUCAACGCCUUACGGAGGGUUACAAUUCCAUGCCUUUGGAUCUUCCCGGAACUCCCUUUCAUAAAGCCAUGAAGGCAAGAAGUCUCUUGAACGAGACACUGAGGGGGCUGAUAGAGAGGAGAAGAAGAGAGAGCGACAAGGGCGAGAAUGGAGGCUUGUUGGAGGUCUUGCUGAGGGCCAAAGACCCCAAAAUGGACCAGCUCACCGAUUCGCAGAUAGCCGACAACGUGAUUGGUGUCAUCUUCGCGGCUCACGACACUACCGCGAGUGUGUUGACGUGGGUACUCAAGUACUUGCACGAUAACAGCCAUGUGCUCGAAGCUGUGACGAGGGAGCAAGAGGGAAUUCGACGCAAAUUGGUGGAGUCGAACCGCAGACUUACUUGGGACGACACUAGGCGGAUGCCAUUGACAAGCCGGGUGAUUCAAGAGACGUUAAGGACGGCAAGUAUACUGUCCUUCACAUUUAGAGAAGCGGUGGAGGAUGUGGAGCUCGAAGGAUAUGUGAUCCCAAAAGGUUGGAAGGUCCUCCCUCUAUUCCGAAGCAUCCAUCAUUGCGAAGAUUUCUUCCCUCAGCCUGACAAGUUUGACCCUUCGAGAUUUGAGGUGCCACUGAGGCCAAACACGUACAUGCCGUUCGGGAACGGGGUGCACUCUUGUCCCGGUAGUGAGUUGGCCAAGCUAGAAAUGCUCGUCCUCCUUCACCACCUUACCAUCUCCUACAGGUGGGAGCUCUUGGGAGAGGAUGAUGGUAUUCAGUAUGGGCCUUUUCCCGUGCCCAAAGGAGGCCUACCCAUCAGAGUCCGACCAUGGAACGAGUGGAGGAGGGACCGGAACAUCUGAUGAAAUGCAUAUGUUCAAAGGGUGUUAUAAGACAUGAUUCUAUCUUUAUCCGAACCAGAACCUAUGUCAACCCACCCCCCCUCAAAUAGCUUUAUUUUUGUAUCUUUUCGGGUUUAUUGUAAAAUUGGCAAGUUGCAAAGUUUAGGAUGAUUGCUCUCCCUUCUCUCUUUUCUUCGAUUCAUGUAAAGAACGAAGUUUGUGAGGACAAGAUGGGGACGACGACGAAUGUUGUUGAACAUCCAAAUGCUCAAUGGUUGAAUGAAAAGGAUGCUGCUCAUCUUUGUAAUC